CACAACCAUUACUAAUAGGCAACAACGAUCUAAUUACUGUAAAAUAUGAAACUUCUAUUCCAAUUAUUGUUGACAUUUUUCAUAGUUUGCGGUAUUGCUGAAUCAACAGAAUCAGCAGAUCCGAUAUCCGAAGGCAAUUAUGAGGUUGGAAAACAUACAAACAAUUGGGCAGUAUUGGUGUCCACCUCCCGGUUUUGGUUCAAUUAUCGACACAUGGCGAAUGUGUUGAGUUUAUACCGUACCGUCAAAAGAAUGGGCAUUCCAGACUCUCAAAUAAUAUUGAUGUUAUCUGAUGACGUGGCCUGUAAUUCAAGAAAUGCGUUCCCCGGUACCGUGUUCAAUAAUAUGGAUCAAGCAAUUGAUUUGUAUGGUGACUCUAUUGAAGUGGAUUACAGAGGGUAUGAAGUAACUGUGGAGAAUUUCAUCCGGUUAUUGACUGAUAGAUGGGAUGAUGAACAACCAAGAUCCAAGAGAUUACUCACAGACGAAAAUUCAAACAUUUUCAUAUAUUUGACUGGUCAUGGGGGUAACGAGUUUUUGAAGUUUCAAGAUGCUGAAGAAAUUGGUGCGUAUGAUAUUGCUGACGCAUUUGCUCAAAUGCAUGAGAAGAAAAGAUAUAAUGAAAUUUUCUUUAUGAUUGAUACUUGUCAAGCCAAUACCAUGUAUGAAAAGAUUUACUCGCCCAAUAUUUUAGCGGUGGGAUCGUCGGCAUUUGACGAAUCCUCGUAUUCUCACCAUUCUGAUAUGGAUAUUGGUGUCGCUGUUAUUGACAGGUUCACUUAUUACACUUUAGACUUUCUUGAAAAGAUUCCAAAGGACUCUAAAGUUACAAUGGACAAGUUAUUUGAAGAGUAUACUUUUGAAAACGUUCAUUCUCACCCAGGUAUUAGAACUGACUUGUUCCAGAGAAAUAUCAGCGAAGUUCUUUUAUCAGAUUUCUUUGGCAAUGUCCAAAAGGUCAUUGUUGACAAUGUAGAAUCAGACUUGUUGUCUAUUGCUAACAACAAAUCCGAUUCCCAAUCGAGUACAAUCAAGAGAAACAUCAAGAGAGGUCCAAUAGAGUUUGGCCAUGACUCUGAAGAAGGUGCUACUUUCUUGCCAGGCAUUUCACCAAGCUUGCAAGCUAAGUUGCUAGGAGGUGCUACUGUUGUAGUAAUGCUUGGAUUGUGGUUGGUUUCACCUCAAAUAUAGUUCUUUCAUAUAAUGUACACUUGGUGUUUGUAAUACGUUAGUAAUUUUGUAGACGUUAGAGCCGCACGGAAAGAUCCCACUAACACGCGUUGUUUU